UUUUAGGUGAAAGAUCAUAUGACUUAAUAUGUCUCGAGGGAUACAAACACAUUCUUAUACUUUGAUUGAUAGAUUAUUACAGAUUUAACAAUUGAAAAUUAUGAUAAAUCAAGGAAAUAGUGAACACAUGAUGGAGACUGAUUGAGAUGACAUUUCUUAUUCACCAGCUGCCAGGAGAGGGCUGCAGAUAAAAACACCACUAUCUAGAACAUUGCUGUUUUAUUCUUAGGACAACAGGUAAUAUUUCAGGCAAAAUACCUCCAUCGACUAGGUACAGGGUCCCUUGAUAUGGCAAGUUUAGACACAGACGAAUCAGAGCCUUUACUGAAGAAGGGUGUAAACAUCGGGCUCAAAAUGGAGGAGAAGAAAACGCUGGGGCUAAAGCGGCCUAUGUCUGGUCAACAACUGUUAGUGGUGGGCUGUAUACUGAUGUGUGAGUUGUGUGAACGUUUGACAUACUACAGCGUGACUGCCAAUGUUGUCCUUUUCUGUACCGAUGUUUUGGAACUGGAAAGUACACAAGCCGCCACCGUCAGCUUGGUGUUCUCGGGGACUGUGUUUAUCAUCCCCGUGAUUGGUGGUUACAUCGCUGACACUUUGGCGGGAAAAUACAAUACAAUCUUAGGAUCUGGACUUAUAUACGUCUUAGGGUUGUUCCUCCUUCCGGCCUCAGCAAUGAAUUAUGAAAAUUGGUUUGGAAGUGACGGUGACGGCUCUAGUUACGACUUAUCUACGGAAAUGCGGAGAGUUUAUUAUUUUAUGGGACUAGUAUUUGUUGCCAUAGGCACAGGAGGCAUAAAAGCAAAUGUUGGUCCAUUUGGUGCUCAACAAGUAGAAGAUCUGGGACCAGAAGCAGUCCAGUCAUUUUUCAACUGGUUUUACUGGUUUAUAAACGCUGGGUCUUUCGUGGCGUUCCUGGGUGUGGCUUAUGUACAACAAAACAUCAGUUUCAGCUUGGGCUAUCUCAUCCCAUUUAUUUCAAUGAUACUAGCGCUCGUCAUUUUUGUUGCAGUGAAAUCCAAAUACAAACAACGACCACCCGGAGGUAGUAUAAUCGUCGAUUCUUUGGGUGUUUGUUGUGCGGCAGGCUGCAGAAACUUUGACAAAGCCCGAAACACCAGUGGAGGAAAGUACAAAGAUGAAUUUGUGGAUGGGGUGGUUGCUGUUCUUCGAAUUAUCCCCGUGUUUCUAUUAAUUAUCUUGUACUGGGCUAUUUAUUCUCAGAUGCAGUCGACAUUUUUCCUGCAAGGUGAACGAAUGGACGCCAAAAUAGGCAGAGUGACAAUGCCUAUAGCUGUGCUGAAUGUGUUCAAUACCAUCAUCAUCCUCAUUCUUAUCCCUAUCAUGGAUAGAAUCAUUUAUCCAUUUUUGGCCAGACACAACAGGAGUCCUACACAUCUACAAAGAAUAGCCUUUGGUUUCAUCUUAUCGGCACUUUCAGUUCUCGUGGCUGGGAUUUUGGAAAUCUAUCGCAAGAAAGAUAUUGAAAAUAAUGGAUAUAUUCAACAAAAACUGGCAUCAGAUACUUUCAAUGCUUCUCAAAUUUCCAUAUUCGCCCAAGUUCCGGAAUUCGCUCUUGUAGGAGCUAGUGAGGUUUUUGCCAGUGUUUCUGGUCUGGAAUUUGCAUACUCUCAAGCACCCUCAUUUAUGCAGGGUCUGGUUAUGGGUUUAUUUUUAAUGAUGUCUGGAUUAGGGAACUACGUCUCUGAGGCCAUUCUGGAGAUAGUGAAGGAGGCAUCAGGAACUAAGCCACCAGAUGCCUGGUUUCCUGAGGAAAUGAACGAUGGAAAAACAGAGUAUUUAUUUUUCAUGUUGGCUGGACUUAUGGCAGCCAAUACAAUAGUCUUCAUCAUUGUGGCGUACUUUUAUAAAUACAGGGAACCGGAAGAACAGCAAAUCCUAGAAAUAGACAAAACCGUAGACGUGGACAAACCUCCGGCAUACGAUUCUGUGGGUCACGGGUUUGACAAUCGGGGUUAUUAUAAGGGGGAGCCAGAAUGCACGAAAUUAUAAGCUUUCAAAGCUUCUUAGAAGGAAUCUGCUUACAGUCAAAAUGAACAUUUGUUUUCAGGAGGUGAUUGCUUAAGUUUCCAAUUACAUGUAUUAAACGAAUUCUACUUUUCAAAACAGAAAGAGCUUACAUUUUUAUUGUCCCAGACAGUGAUCUAGUGAUAUAUAAUCAAAUGCGCUUUCUUAAAAAAAAAGAACAGCCAAUUAUAUUUAGUGCCAUGAUUUUCAAAGUGAUAUAUACCGGUUGUUGAUUGUAAGAAGUCAAAAAAGAAUGUGAUGCAUUGGAAAUCCAAUUGAAAUAAAAAUCAAUGUCUCUGAAAUCCAUGUAUAUACAUAUAUUAUCUUUCCUCAGGUUAGCAAAGUCAUAAAUUCAUCAUGUCAUAA